AUGCGUUUAUAUAUCCAAUCGUGUCGCCGCAUAGUGGCAGAGGGAGGGUUCAAUAAAGUGUUCCGACUUGUUAUGGGCAACGGAGCUUCUGUCACAGCACGUAUAUCGUACCCCAAUGUGGGCCAUUCGUGCAAGACCACAGUGUCGGAGGUCGCGGCCAUGGAUUUCUGUGGGGAUGCGGAAAACCCUGUAGAAUCUGAGUAUAUCCUGGUCAAUCUAAAACUACAAGACAAGCUGAAGAUUGUAGAUGAGAUUGUUCGCUCGAAAGUAAACGUUUAUCGUUCUCGUUUAGUCUUAAGUCAUUCUAGUUACGGGAGUCUAUAUUUUGCAGACAAUUCGUUUCCCGGAUGUGAAAAGGCUGAGGCUACGAGUGAUAUACCGGAGUCAAAGAAGAUGGAAGUGGAUCGUCGCUUUUUUAUAGGGCCAGUUGCCAAAAAGGAAUUCUGGGAUAAAGAGCGGGCUGUUCUUGAUAUGGAUCAAGGGCCUUCUGAAUUUCACGUAGUGAAGCACUGUAAUGGCUAUCUGAAGGCAAUCGCUCAACGAGAAAUCACUUGGAUUAGCCGCUAUGCAACUCCAAAGGAACAAGAUCUACCCGAAAACCCAGAAGCACAACACUCCUCUGAUGCCCAUAUUGAGCUCUACGAAAAGUUUCUGAGUGUGUUCGACUAUCUUUUCCGAAUGACCACAGGACGCCCCGGUCCCCUUUUACUCCAAGCUCGAUAUGCAAAGUUCGUACAGUACGAAGGAGAGAUGUUGUUAGAGCUCCUUAAAUACUACGGUUCUAUCAAGAACGAAGAUGAGAGAUGCCGAGUCAGACAAUGCGUAGAGAAGUCGGUAGUACUUCAGGCAUACAAAUCUAACACGGAGCGUGCAGAUCCUAUCCUUCACGAAAAAUUCCACACACCUCAUGGGCGGACGAGAUCGUUCAGCGAGUGUCUUAUUCGCCUUACACGGUAUUGGGGAGAGAUUAACAAUAAGGUUUCGUGUCCAAUAUUGUUUUCCGAUGAGGAUAAACAAAUACACUAUAGGGAAGGAGAAGGCUGGAAUGAUCAAGAGGAUUUUUGGGAUCUUCUGGACGGACUUGUUGACCCUCCUGAAAUGUUUGUUGAAGCUCGAGAACGUGCAUUACAGGGCAUGGCUGGAGAGGGGCGAGCAAACUUUGCAAAGGAAAUGUAG